AUGGGCCUCAACGGAACGACCAAAGCUGAGUCCCAUACAUCUGACAAGCCAGAUGCAAAAGGAAGUUCCCCAAUGCAGCGCUUAUUGAAAGAUGGAGCACGUUACAACAGUUCACCUAGCCCAGUUGCGUCUCCAUUAAUCGCCGCGUAUGCAGGCAUUGGCAUUAUCCGUAACAGCCCGCUUGUGGUAGAUCUGCUGGGGAAUUCAACCGAGCCUCGUGCUAAAACACUUUUUUUGGAAACUCGAUCGAGAACGUCGUUUAAUCAGUGCACCGCCGUUGUCGAAGGAGAUAAUGUUAAUGUUUACAAGGAUGUAUAUCUGCGCUGGAUUUUUGACAAUUUGCAAAGCAUGACGGCUUAUAACAUUUCGCUGUUAUAUAAAGUCGAGUUAGUCGUCCCUGUUGUGGACUGCCAGCUUGACGUCAUUGGCAGUGGAGGCGCUGCUUUGGCUCGAGUCAACUACCUUGUACGCUAUAAGAACGAAACGAAUCGCAUGCUUUUACUCCCUGCAUCGCUAGCGAUCCAAGAUUAUUCUAUUGCUGAGCAGUAUGAACAAGGAUCUGCGUUAUUAUUGACAUUUUCGAUUGUUGAAGACAUGGCGUCAAAUGGUCCGGUCAGCCACUACUACACUAUUGCAUUGGAUUACCCGUACGAAUACAAACCGAGCUUUGAAGCUUGCCUCUUUUACGAUCACACUAGCGAUGGAUAUUGGUCACUUGAGACAAUUCCUCGUGAUCCGUUUAUGAGACCUCCAAAGCCUUUGAUUUCAGCUCGACAGCUUGGAUUUUAUAUUGAUAAAGAGACGUCGCAGGCAAACCAAAUAAACUUCUAUUGGGAUCCAGCUGACGAUCCAGCUUCUGCGUUGACGUUCUGGAAUUGGCAUGGUGAUACGGUGGUUCGCGAUAAUUGGGCUUGGGUACACAUAAUUCACUUGGCUUUUGCUAUCGACGUGAUGUUUCAGCUUGUUCUGCUUUUAUUCCUCGUGUACCGCAGCAUUUUACAAAGGCAUCUUUGGAUUGGUGAUGCGUUUGCACCUAUAUCAAAUGCAUUGCUUUAUCGUGGCAUUUAUGUGCUGAUUGCUAACGAGCUGAAUGGGUUUUGGACUCUCACCGAUUUCAGUCUUGCCCUUGCAGAUUCUAUUGGAGAAAAUCCAACUGUUAAAAAUCAUCCCGGUUUAGUGCAUGCUGACAUGCUCACAAUUUAUCUCAAUAUUGUUUGCGUAUUUAGCUAUUUGGUCCGAGAACGAGUUGACCCACUUUUAGCUGUAAUAUGCUUUGAAGUGGGUUUCAAUUUUCGAGAAUCCAUGACAAAGAUUUUUCCAGCACUCCAUAAAGUACUUAGAGACUACUCAGAUUUGGAAGUUACACAUGGUCCCGUGGCGGUGAAUGAAUAUAAAUUGUCCCCCAUGCGGCUUUGGACACUCCAUGCUGUCCCUUCAAAUAGGUGGCUGCUAAUUAUUGCCACUUUCAUCGUCAUCUUCAGUACAAUAUUAAUCAUCGUGCUAUACGUGAUUGUGCGUAAGCUAAUGCGUCACUACUCGGUUACAUCUCAAAUAAGUAGUCGAAGUGUCGAUAGCAAAAGUUUAAAUAAGUCUCGACCAACACACAACGACUCGGAGCCACGGGAGCUGAUGCAGUUUGAGACCGCCACGGGGUCCGUACUGAAAAAUCGUUUUGGCAUCUUGUCGAAGUACAAAAAUUACAUGUACAUCAAGUCCCGCAGAUUCGCAUCUGGUGAUGCCAUCUAUUGUAACGGAUUUGUGGUGGCUAACGACAAAUUUGUGAUUGCUACGGAAGAUUUGAUGUCUCUACUGAUCAUGAAAAUUGCGCGGGCGCGGUUCACGAACAUUUACGUCUAUACCAUAACAGCUGGCACCGGGGUGAACCAAACGGCUCGACUUGUGUAUCCAUCGACAAUCUCCUGGCAUGAUCUGGCAAAGGUAAGCGUUAGCCCCUUAACAUAA